AUGGUCCGUCAGUCGCCGCGGCGUCAUUUCGAUGUCGUUCGUCGGCGGAGUCAUGGGCGCAUCUCUUCGCGGCGGAUGAAAGGGAAAACCUGCGCUUCGUGUGAAAGUGCGCGCGGGUCGCACGCCGCCAUGGGAUUGAAUCUCGCGCCGCCGCUUCGCCCACCGCGGGCGGCUCUCCCCACGCGCGAGAAGGACGUAAGCGUCACGGAUUGCGCCACC